AUGCUGAGCUAUAAGAGCGUGGAGCAACUGGAGGCUUUGAGCCGUAAGUAUCUUAAAAGCAAUGUUUGAAUUUUGAUUAUUGUUUAUAAUAUAACUCAGUACGUACGAGGAAAUAUAAUAUAAGUUAUAAAUAUUCAAUCGCAGUACAUAAUGUCUUCAAAUUUCUAAGUAUAUUUUUGAAAGUCCAAUGAUUUCUUUGAUUAUUUCUAGAAUUUUCUGGUCAGAAAAUGGAAAGAUUUCUUUGAUCAACAUAGCAAGGCGAAGUGACCUCAUUGUUAUGCAAGAAGUAAAAUUAAAAAGGCCUUAAAGAAAGCGUGUAGCUGUAUUUUGCUUCAAUCAUUUACUGCAAAGGCCUCAAAAAAGUUAAAAGAGUUCUGAAAGAAAGUCAAACAACGAAAUAGCAUGUAUUGAAAAAUUCAUUAUUUUCCAAGUCAAGCCAUCUUGUGCUUCAGUUUUGGGUCUUCUCUUUGUUGCAAUUAUUCUUUGUAAGAAACCUUAAUUGAGCGUACUUAACAAUAUUGAUUAUGGAAUAUGUUAUUACAUUUCUUCUUAGAGUCAAAAUAAUAACAAAGGUUCAUCUUUUAAGCGAGUUUUCAUGCAUGACAUACUUUUCUCAAUGUCGUUCUUUCUUUUGUAAUUUAUUGAAAUCCAGGGCGAAGUGUUUAUAACAUAUUUAAGAUUCCUUAAUUGAUUUUCAUGAAUAAAUUCAUUCAGUUUGCUCAUGCUCACAUAAAGCAAUGUGCUCCAAACUGUUCGAAAACGAUCAAAGCUCAAUCCAGUUUCAAUGAAGUCUCUCUUUUUUUGUCCAUCAUCUAGAUAUAACUAACUGCAAAGUUGCAAUUUCAUAGAAACCGAAAGUUUUGUCUCGUUUUUUUCUCUUUUUGUACAACCUGGCGUAAAAAUAGAUCCAGAGCUGCAAUUAAUUUUUAGGAAUUAAAAAUAUGAUCUGUGCUUUUAUGAUGAUGUUGGUGUACCUAUCACGCUUCAGAGACUGAAAAAAAAGUGACUAAAUUUAUUGUGAACUUUAUUUUUGUAAACAAGCUUAAUGUAUCGUUGUUCUCGGAUAUGCCUAAACACGCUCGAUCAAUUCAUUUCUAAGAGCACGUGAUAACUGUUCACUAAUGUAGAUGAAAUUUCUUUUUUCUCUUCUAAUUGUACUAGGUUUUAAAUUUAAUUACUGCAUACAAUUUCUCGUAAACAAAUUCUGUAUUUAUUAUUUAUUUAUAUCUACCCCGACAAAAUUUAAUUUUAUAUUCAUUUAAUAUUAAAAUAAUACCUUUGUUUCAAAGGACUAGAUUUGCUCUAGCCGCCUAGAUUAGCACUGCUUAUCAAGCGACGGAGCAGUAUGCAAAUUUUCUUCUUUUGUAAUGUUGACGAUAAAUUUGAUAAACUUGAAUAACCUUAAUGCUAAAAUAAAGGUUUCUCUGUCAUUAUAAUGGCGACACUCUUUAGCAGAAGUCAUCAUUGUCCCCAGAUCACACGUGAAUAGUGAAAAUUUCAUACAAAAUCUACGAUGUCGUUUGGACAAGAACACAAAACUCUAUAAAAUAACAAACGUGCUCAGUUUUCCAUUAGUUUACAAGCAGCUAUUUUCCCUAAUUCCUCUGCGGUGAAAUCAGUUGAAGUCACGGGUCACGUGAUCUACGAUCAUCAAGAGACGUACAGUUGAAUCCAACAUUCGGCUAGGCUUUUGUGCAUUAUGCUAGCAUUUUUUCGAGCAUUUUAGUGAGGCAAAAGCAUUGAGCAUUAUUCGAGCAUUUCAGUGGCAUUUUCCCCGGAAAAUUAAUUUUUCCGAGAAAAUUAAAUAGAAAUCAACUUUUUUCAGGAGCCCAUGCCCCAAGAGCUCCUGCGUUUCUAAAGAAAAUGAACACUAAAACUCAAAAUUCACAAAAAACCUAAUACAGCUGGGUUUUUUUGGCUGUUUUUAUGAACUUGUACACGUUGUUGUUGUUACUUGCAACACUUGCACGUUUUUGUAAGUGAAAACUUUGAAAUUAAUUUUAAAAAACCGUUUGUAUAAUGAGCAUUUUCCGAGCAUUUUAGUGACUUUUUUGGGGAGAUCGAGCAUUUUCACUGUAACAUACAUCAAGAUCAACGCUGACAAUAGUCAAGAGAAGGCGCCUUAUUUAUUUGAUAACUAGACUAUCAGUCUAGUAACACAGAACCACACGUGACCAAAAGUAACUACAUGUGCGAUAUACAUAGACAAGAACCCGGGACUCAAAUAUUACAGUCAGUAUCUAUCCGUCUAUCAGUCUAUCUAUUAGUCACGCAGCCCCUUUGCAUGGACUAAUAAUGGAUAAUGGUUUAUUUCAUCCAGUGUUUUCUUGAGUUUGGUCAACACUGUAAACUUUCGAGGCAUUGCAAAUUCAGUGGAACUGACUUCUGCUAACUGUGUUUUUAAUAAAUAAUAAUAAUGAUAAUAAUAAUAAUAGCGACGAAGUAACUUAGAGACUGCGCCCAUGUUGAACAAAAAGGCGUGAAUCUCUGAUGUAAUAUAUCAGGCAUGAGACGCAGUGUUUCAUCACCAGAUGAAACACGGAGAAGAGAGUUGAAAAACGACGCGCAGCGGAGUAUUUUUUGACGACAUUCGAGGUGUUUCAUCUGGUGAUGAAACACUGUGUCGAUCGCUUGAUAUUACUUCUCAAACAAAAUGAUUUUUGAAGGAGAUAUUAAGGAUGUUUUUCAUCUGAUUACCAAACACUUAUUAAACAUUAAUUUCCUUUGAAUUUUCUUUAUGAAUUAUUAUUAUUUAAUGAGUUUGAGAAUUCAUUUUGCAAAUUGAUGCUUUUUUUUCAAUUUUGCAAUCAUUUAUUUUCAGUUGAUUCAAGAACUGAAGAAAGAAAACUUCGAUUUAAAGCUGAGACUUUACAUGGAACAAAAAGAAAGGGAGGUGAGUCACUGUGGAGUGGGAGUGCAUGCGCAUUGUCGUCCAACUUUUUUUGGUUGCAAAUAAUACUUUGCUACUGCGUAAAUGAAACCACGCUUUUCACCUUUUUGCGAUCGUUCUUGCGUGAAAAUGGCAGAUCUUUUCGCUUCCCAAAGAUAUUCAAUAAAAAAACAAACUCGGUGAUCUAAUGAUAAAACAAUGGUUGAACUCGGUUAUCGCAAAAUAUCGUGAUUUGUGAGUGUCUCGCAGAUCAGUCAUUUGCCUCAGUCUUCAGCUUCGGCACAUAAUUGAUCUGCUCGCCACAGACAAAUCACGAUAUUUUGCUCAACCUCGUCCACUAAUUGUUAAUCAUUAACGAUACCCGCCAUCUUUGCUCGCCCUAAAGGACUGAAGGGAUAGAGCAAUGUCACGUGUUUUCUCAGCUGGCAAACAAGCGAUAAAAUUUGCAAGUGCGGGAAAUCGCGUUCGAGUUUGUUUCUUCUAGACAACAGAAAAUGAACAACUUUUCAUCUUUUCAUCUUUUCAUCACUUUUAAAGACGAUAAUGGCAAAUUAUGGGUGGAAGUGUUCUUUGUUACUUAUUUGGAUGCAGUAUCGACCGUAGACCUCACAGCAAACGAACUCGAAGUGUACAUUUUGCAUUACUAUUAAACCGUCACCUCGUUUUGUUAGAAUAAACAAACUCGACCGCGAUAACUUGUAUUGGCAAAUACUAGAGAAUUUAAGUUUCACGUAUACGGCUAACAGCAAACGUUAGAUUCAGGUUGAGCAUUUCUCAAAAUAGAAAAUGAGCAGAUAAAAACAGCUCAAAACAAUUCUUAUGGAGAAAAAAAUAAUUCAAAGCUAAGGUUGCUACUAUCAGUGUUGAGAGUGUAAGAUAUCACUAAUACGCUGUUGACUUACAAAAAGUUUUGAAAGUUUACUGAAAAAGUUCUAAGUGUUUGUAAACUGAAACUGCUGUUAUGGUCGGCGCCAUUUUGCCAGCAUAAGAUUUUUUCCAAUAAUAAUAAUAAUAAUAAUAAUAAUAAUAAUAAUAAUAAUAAUAAUAAUAAUAAUAUAAAGAAUCAAACGAACAUGAACAAGCUUAAGAGGUUAUAAUUAAAUGAGACAAAGCGGAGCAAGUGAUUAUCUAGUGUACGACUUUAGAUCGUCGUUAUUGAAUUGUGACAAAAUGCUGUCAUGCAGUAUUAACCGAUAAGUUGUUAUUUUACUCUGACAUAAAUGCCGAAAUAUGGCAGCUGGAAUGCGUCGUACAUUUGUCGCAGGAAGGGAUUUAUAAGGUAAUCCAAAGGUAGUCGAAUGAAGUUUGCAAUCUACGACCAAAUAUUCUUUUUCUUUUUUUCUUUUGGAGCCAAGAGAUUUUGCACAUGCACGCAUCCUAAACUUGCUCUUUACUGUGGCCAGGUGUAACAACUGUCUCAAUUUACUUGAUACAGAGAGUAACAGAGGACUUCAAGCAGAAGGUAAUCGUUUUGGAAAGUGAUCUCACAGAGGCUCUAGAUGAACUCAGCGACGCCUUAGAAAGAGAGAAAGAUUUCGAGGCUUGCCUGGAGAGCUCACAGCUCCGUGAAAAAGCGUUAAUGAACAAGGCGCGACGUGUUGAGGAAACUGUAAGAGAACAAGAAAACGAAAUCAAAUUCCUCACUCUGUCUAAACCGAGAGAAAAGGCGAGUGAGAGACCGCUGACGUCUGACGCAGAAACCAUGACCGAUUUUCCGUUUUACAUGGAGAGGGCGGUGGAUGUUGGCGAGUAUGGCGCUGAUAAUCAGCGACCUUACAGUGAUAUCGAUUUGAAAGACUCAGCAGAGAGCCCAUCCGCCCUACAAACAGAGAAUAGGCCCGAGGGAGUGGAUCUGUUGCAUAGUACAGGAACUCUUCUAAGGAAGAAGAAUGAGAUUAUUAGAGAAGCAAAGCGAAGACGCACAGCGCGAUCUAAAAAGGGACAACGUAGGGAUGUGAGCCGACGGUAUAACCUCGAUCCGGACUAUCCCGAUAAGACCCGAGAACGUGGCGAGAAGAAGUCGUUUUUCAGUAAAUUGUGUUGUUGUGUUAAACAGCAGGGUGCUGAAUACGAAGUAGAUGACGAACUGGGCAAAGCGAGAGUACGCUAUCACAGAUAGUAAUGGAAUACUUCUUGUUGCUGGGAUAAGAAAUAAAUGUCUUACUUCGUAAGAAGGAUUCAUUGCUAAAAAAGUUCCCAAGUAUUUCCGAGGAGGUUACGAACAGCAGUCGUCCCGGCGAAAAGGAAAAUUUGCUGACGUUACCAAUUUUAAUUUGAUCGAUUUCAUGAUGGGACUUGAAAUCUGAGUUGGUAAGAUUUCAUCCUUUACUUCUAUGAACAAACAAUGAACUUAUUUUUAGCCGAAAUUUGUAGUUUUUUUUAAGAAUAACGUUGAGAUAGUCUGCUUGUAGAGGGAUAAAUAUAUAAAUUCUAGCAAAGCCACAAUGGCACAAAGACUUUUUUAAAAAAGUAAUUUUUUCAGCAUUCUUUUUGACCAGAUAAAAUUCAUCUCAAGCAUUUUAUGAUUUUAUAGAUUCACUGAAGUUUUUUCUUCAUGUCAAAUGCAUUAACCAUCCAUACAACAGUAUCUGGUCAUUUGGUAUUGUUUUUGCAAUGGCAUAGACGAAUCUUUGUUUACACUUUUUGCCUCAUUAACAUAUGCUUAUCACUACAAAUAAAAACGCUGAAUGUUGAAAAGACAUAACAGUUUCAGUUACCUCUGAAAAUUUGAGCCCAAUACACCGAAUGGUUUCGGAGAAAUUCUCUUCUACAAACUCGAAAUUUUACAGGGAAUGUAUGGCUCAUUAUUAACUUUUUUGCCACCCAGCAAUUUCUCAGUUUUUGAUGGCUGAUAUUUCCUUCAAUGUUGCUUGCAAAGAGCUGAAAAUUGCACAAAUUGCUGAACUUAUCAGCUCUUUCAACUUUUGUAUUUAGUUCAUAUAUAAGGCCACGGCUCCUAUGAGUUAAGUCGUAUAAAAUUCUCUUCUACAAACUCGAAAUUUUACAGAGAAUGUAUGGCUCAUUAUUGACUUUUUUUCCACCCAGCAAUUUCGCAUUUUUUGAUGGCUGAUAUUUCCUUCAAUAUUGCUUGCAAAGAGCUGAAAAUUGCGCAAAUUGCUCGACUUAAUCAGCUCUUUCAACUUUUGCAUUUAGUUUGUAUAUACGACCACGGCUUCUAUGAGUUAAGUCGUAUGCUAAUGAGGAAAAACGUAAACAAUGACGUCAGCAAAGACUCGCCUAUAAGCUAAGAGUUUUACAAAGUUAUUUCCCACCAUAUUCUUAAGCUAUGCGUUUGCCUUAAUUGCAGGGUUAUUGAAACGGCUUUUGCACUCACAUUGGGAUAGGACGCUUGGGUACUAGACCACAUUAUCCUUAUUGGGGAAUACAAAUUUAUGUUAGUGGAAUUUGUCCUAAAAAGGAUUUUGCACUCAGUUAUUUUGUAAGAAGCCUCAUGCAAAGGGUCACUUUCGUACCUCGUUUAUAAUCAGAUCAUAAACAAAGUAGAAUUUAUAAUCGUAAAAAAUAACCAUACAUUUUUUUGCUUUUGUACGAUCUCAUUCAUUUUGCGAUCGUUCUUGCGUGAAAAUGGCAGAUCUUUUCGCUUCCCAAAGAUAUUCAAUAAAAAAACAAACUCGGUGAUCUAAUGAUAAAACAAUGGUUGAACUCGGUUAUCGCAAAAUAUCGUGAUUUGUCAGUGUCUCGCAGAUCAGUCAUUUGCCUCAGUCUUCGGCUUCGGCAAAUAAUUGAUCUGCUCGCCACGAACAAAUCACGAUAUUUUGCUCAACCUCGUCCACUGAUUGUUAAUCAUUAACGAUACCCGCCAUCUUUACUCGCCCUAAAGGACUGAAGGGAUAGAGCAAUGUCACGUGGUUUCUCAGCGGGCAAACAAGCGAUAAAAUCUGCAAGUGCAGGAAAUCGCGUUCGAGUUUGUUUCUUCUAGACAACACAAAAUGAACAACUUUUCAUCUUUUCAUCACUUUUAAAGACGAUAAUGGCAAAUUAUAGGUGGAAGUGUUGUUUGUUACUUAUUUGGAUGCAGUAUCGACCGUAGACCUCACAGCAAACGAACUCGAAGUGUACAUUUGUAUUACAAUUAAACCGUCACCUCGUUUUGUUAGAAUAAACAAACUCGACCGCGAUAACUUGUAUUGGCAAAUACUAGAGAAUUUAAGCUUCACGUAUACGGCUAACGGCAAACGUUAGAUUCGGGUUGAGAAUUUCUCAAAAUAGAAAAUGAGCAGAUAAAAACAGCUCGAAACAAUUCGGAGAAAAAAUUGCGUGAAACUACUCGAGUCUAGAAAUAAUGGACAUUAAACGACAAGUUAAGGGGAAAUUUGGUCAAGUUGUACAAAUUCACUUUUGCCGUUUGACGUGAACAUGAUGCUUAACCUCUCUCGUUUUUAUCUCGUCGAUCCUAAAGCACGCGCAAAGAUGGUGAAGGCCUAUUACAAUAGCGAAGCAAAGGAACUUCAAAGCUAAGGUUGAUUCUUUUUCUUUUUUUGUGUCGCCAAAAGAUUUUGCACAAGAACACAUCCUAAACUAACUUGCUCUUGACUGUGGGCAGUUGUAACAAUUGUCUCAUUUUACUUGAUACAGAGAGUAACAGAGGACUUCAAGCAGAAGAUAAUCGUUUUAGAAAGUGAUCUCACAGAGGCUCUAGAUGAACUCAGCGACGCCUUAGAAAGAGAGAAAGAUUUCGAGGCUUGCCUGGAGAGCUCACAGCUCCGUGAAAAAGCGUUAAUGAACAAGGCGCGACGUGUUGAGGAAACUGUAAGAGAACAAGAAAAUGAAAUCAAAUUCCUCACUCUGUCUAAACCGAGAGAAAAGGCGAGUGAGAGACCGCUGACGUCUGACGCAGAAACCAUGACCGAUUUUCCGUUUUACAUGGAGAGGGCAGUGGAUGUUGGCGAGUAUGGCGCUGAUAAUCAGCGACCGUACAGUGAUAUCGAUUUGAAAGACUCAGCAGAGAGCCCUUCCGCCCUACAAACAGAAAAUAGGCCCGAGGGAGUGGAUCUGUUGCAUAGUACAGGAACUCUUCUAAGGAAGAAGAAUGAGAUUAUUAGAGAAGCAAAGCGAAGACGCACAGCGCGAUCUAAAAAGGGACAACGUAGGGAUGUGAGCCGACGGUAUAACCUCGAUCCGGACUAUCCCGAUAAGACCCGAGAACGUGGCGAGAAGAAGUCGUUUUUCAGUAAAUUGUGUUGUUGUGUUAAACAGCAGGGUGCUGAAUACGAAGUAGAUGACGAACUGGGCAAAGCGAGAGUACGCUAUCACAGAUAGUAAUGGAAUACUUCUUGUUGCUGGGAUAAGAAAUAAAUGUCUUACU